UGGACAAAAUCUUUGACUUCACGUCCUUCUCCCCAAUCAAUUAUUAAAUUCCCAAUCUUCAUUUCCUUUGAAGCCCUAAUUCGGUGAAAAACAAACCCGAAAAAUGGGAGCGAGCAGUGACCCGACCCAGCAAGACGGGUCAGACGAACAACAAAGACGAUCCGAGAUCUACACUUACGAAGCACCAUGGCAUAUCUACGCUAUGAAUUGGUCAGUUCGCAAAGACAAAAAGUAUCGUCUUGCAAUUGCGAGUUUGAUGGAGCAGUACCCGAACCGAGUUGAGAUUGUGCAGCUUGAUGAUUCUAAUGGCGAGAUUCGGUCUGACCCGAAACUUUCAUUUGAACACCCGUACCCGCCUACUAAAGUCAUCUGGAUACCCGAUAAAGAGUGCCAGAAACCCGACCUCAUUGCAACGUCCAGCGAUUAUCUCAGGAUUUGGCAGGUCAACAACGACAACAGCCGGGUUGAAAUGAAAAGCCUGUUAAAUAACAACCGGAACAGUGAGUUUUCCGGCCCUUUGACCUCGUUUGACUGGAAUGAAGCUGAACCAAGGCGUAUUGGUACGUCGAGUAUCGAUACAACUUGCACUAUAUGGGAUAUUGAGAGGGAAACUGUGGAUACUCAGCUUAUUGCGCAUGAUAAGGAGGUUUACGACAUUGCUUGGGGUGGAGUUGGUGUUUUUGCUUCUGUUUCAGCUGAUGGAUCAGUUAGGGUUUUUGAUCUUCGCGAUAAGGAGCAUUCGACGAUAAUCUACGAGAGUUCUGAGCCCGAUACGCCACUUGUACGACUCGGAUGGAACAAACAGGAUCCUAGGUACAUGGCUACCAUUAUAAUGGACAGUGCUAAAGUUGUGGUUUUGGAUAUCCGUUUCCCUACGCUUCCCGUGGUGGAACUACAGAGGCACCAGGCGAGCGUUAACGCCAUCGCUUGGGCUCCUCAUAGCUCUUGCCACAUUUGCACUGCUGGUGACGAUUCACAGGCACUUAUCUGGGAUCUUUCUUCAAUGGGUCAGCCAAUAGAAGGUGGAUUGGAUCCAAUUCUGGCUUAUACUGCUGGUGCGGAAAUCGAGCAGCUUCAAUGGUCUUCAUCUCAGCCUGAUUGGGUCGCCAUUGCCUUCUCCAACAAGCUUCAGAUUCUAAGGGUGUGAAUUAGUGUAUGCUCCCUGCCCAAGUAUUACUAGCAACAUUCUUCUCCGACUAAAUUUUAUCUUUAUUUGGUAUUUUAUUUCCCAAAAAGAAAAAGAGGCUUAUUACUGACAGUAGUUAGAGCUGAAUAGCUUUUGCUAUCUCUUGCGCCUAGAGCUUGAUUAUCGUAGAAGUAACUGGAGCUCACAUUGUCCAUGUAUUCAGUUUGUCUGCAUUAUUGUGGUUGGUCUGCAACUUCUGUAGUUUGUAUUCUGGUUUUGGAAAACAGCAAUUGGACUAAUCAAAUCAUGUGUUUUGAUGUUCC